CCCUCCCGCCGCCGCCGGCCGCUGUCAGGAUGAGGCGGAGGAGGCGGCGGCCCGGCCCGGCCGCUCCCGUCUCUCUGCCCGUGGCGUAGCGGUCUCCGCCCGGAGGAGGCCGCGGCGGUGCCGCCCGCCGAGCCAUGGCCCAGCCGGGCCCCAGCGCCCAGACCGAAGAUGCUCUUCUACAACGGGUAGCAGAAUUGGAAAAGGUCAAUGCAGAAUUUCUGCGCACAAAGCAGCAACUUGAGCAAGAAUUUAAUCAAAAGAGAGCAAAAUUUAAGGAGUUAUACCUGGCUAAGGAAGAGGACCUGAAAAGGCAGAAUGCAGUGCUGCAGGCAGCCCAGGAUGACCUGGGCCAGCUGCGCACGCAGCUGAUGGAGGCCCACGCUGAGAUGGAGAACAUCAAGGCCAUCGCCACCGUGUCAGAGACCACCAAGCAGGAGGCCAUCGAUGAGGUCAAGAGGCAGUGGCAAGAAGAAGUGGCUUCCCUCCAGGCCAUCAUGAAAGAGACUGUCCGUGACUAUGAGCUGCAGUAUCACCACAGGAUGGAGCAGGAGCGAGCUCAGUGGAGCCAGUACCGCGAGAACAUGGAGCGGGAAAUUGCAGAGCUCAGGAGGAGACUGUCAGAGGGCCAGGAGGAGGAAAACCUGGAAAAUGAAAUGAAAAAGGCUCAGGAAGAUGCCGAGAAGCUGCGCUCAGUUGUGAUGCCCAUGGAGAAGGAGAUUGCAGCCCUAAAGGAGAAACUGGCAGAAGCUGAAGAAAAAAUAAAAGCAGCAUCAGAGGUUAAAGAACUGAACCAUUAUUUAGAAGCUGAGAAGUCGUGUAGGACAGACUUGGAGAUGUAUGUGGCUGUUCUCAACACACAAAAAUCAGUCCUGCAAGAAGAUGCAGAGAAGCUGAGGAAGGAGCUGCAUGAAGUUUGCCAUCUGCUAGAGCAAGAGAGGCAGCAGCACAACCAGCUGAAACACACGUGGCAGAAAGCCAAUGACCAGUUCCUGGAGUCCCAGAGGCUGCUGAUGAGGGACAUGCAGAGGAUGGAAAUUGUGCUCACCUCAGAGCAGCUCCGGCAGGUGGAGGAGCUGAAAAAAAAGGAUCAGGAAGAAGAUGAUCAGCAAAGGCUUAGCAAGAGAAAGGAAGAGAAGCAAAAAGAUUCAGAUGAUGAAACAAAGGCUUCAUGUUCUCUGGCCCCUGAAGAAACCCUUACCCAGCUCUCUAAUGAAGAGGUGCAUGUGAACAGCACCCAUGGCUCAGUCCAUUCCCUGGAUGCAGACUUGCUUCUUUCCUCUGGCGAAUCCUUCAAUAAACCAGACACUGAUAUGUUUAAAGAUGGACUUAGGAGAGCACAGUCAACAGACAGUCUGGGCACAUCUGGAUCCUUACAGUCCAAAGCUUUAGGGUACAACAACAAAGCAAAAUCUGCUGGGAACCUGGAUGAGUCAGAUUUUGGACCACUUGUUGGAGCAGAUUCAGUGUCUGAGAACUUUGAUACGGCUUCCCUCGGAUCCCUGCAAAUGCCCAGCGGGUUCAUGUUGACCAAAGAUCAGGAAAAAGCAAUCAAAGCAAUGACACCAGAGCAAGAAGAGACUGCUUCCCUGCUCUCCAGUGUCACCCAGGGCGUGGAGAGUGCUUAUGUGUCCCCCAGCGGGUACCGCCUGGUCAGCGAGACAGAGUGGAACCUGCUGCAGAAGGAGGUGCAGAAUGCAGGGAACAAGCUGGGCAGGCGCUGUGACAUGUGCUCCAAUUAUGAGAAGCAGUUGCAAGGGAUCCAGAUCCAGGAGGCUGAGACCAGAGACCAGGUGAAAAAGCUGCAGGUGAUGCUGAGGCAAGCUAAUGACCAGCUGGAAAAGACAAUGAAAGAUAAACAGGAACUGGAGGAUUACAUGAAACAAAGUGCUGAAGACUCCUCUAAUCAGAUCUCCUUGCUCAUGGCCAAGUGUCAGAAGUCAGAGAAUUUCCUCAGUGAGCUGCAGCAGGCAUUUCUGCAAGCCAAGAGAAGUGUCCAGGAGCAAAUGGCUGUCCUGACACAGUCAAGGGAGCAGGUUUCAGAAGAGUUGGUGAGACUGCAAAAAGAUAAUGAAAGUCUUCAAGGAAAACACAGCUUGCAUGUGUCCUUACAGCAGGCUGAAGAUUUCAUUCUACCAGAAGCAACAGAGGAGCUCCGGGAGCUGAUCCUCAAGUACAGGCAGGACAUCAUCAGUGUGAGGACAGCAGCAGAUCACCUCGAGGAGAAGCUGAAGGCAGAGAUCCUCUUCUUGAAGGAACAGAUCCAAGCUGAACAAUAUUUGAAAGAAAAUAUAGAAGAAACUCUACAGCUGGAAAUAGAGAAUUGCAAAGAGGAAAUAGCUUCCAUUUCCAGUUUAAAAGCUGAAUUGGAAAGAAUAAAAGCAGAAAAGGAACAGUUGGAAAGUUCUUCACAGGAAAACCUGCAGCAGCUGGAGAGUCUGCAGGAGGCAAAGAAUGCUCUAGAAGAACAGCUGAAGAAGGAGACUGCAGCAAAGGCCAACCUUGAGCAGCUGGUGUUUGAAGAGAAGAACAAAGCCCAGAGGUUGCAGACUGAAUUGGAUGUCAGUGAGCAAGUGCAGAGAGACUUUGUAAAGCUUUCCCAGACACUUCAGGUGCAGCUGGAGAGGAUCCGGCAGGCAGAUUCCCUGGAGAGGAUCCGUGCAAUCCUGAACGACACAAAACUGACGGACAUUAAUCAGCUCCCUGAAACAUGACAGACACCCUGCUGGGCUCCAAGGCUGUGGCUGAGGUUUUUAACUCAUCUUUAUAGCAACAUUAAUUAUUAUUUAACUCUAACCGAGAGAGCAGAAGACAACAGAGGGGAGCAAUGACUUAAGUUUUGUUUCUAGAGGGGAGAAAGGUUUCGUACUGGGCAGGAAGAGAGCACAAGGGUGACUUGUAGUGUAGGAAGGAGAAUUUCUAAUGGAAACACUAAUGAGUGCAGUGUUUCGUGUUCCACUGAGUGGGAUCAGUCCUUACAUUCUGAAAAACUUCCCUCUUUCAGCCGACUUCGUAACCUAAUCUAGAGUUUUGGAACAUAAACCCCUGUCUUUCCCUCUGUUCUUUCCCCCACUACUGUGAUCAAAGUAGCUGCUGGAAACUAUUGUCCCUCCAAAACGUUGAAGAGCAAAGUGGUUGAAGUUUUUCUGUUUGAAUAGUCAGUAACAGUAUUCAGCUAGCAGAGAGAAUGAGGUGUAGAGUAUGCUGUAUGAAUAUUUUAUAUUAAAAUAUGACUUUAUUAGCAGGACACUGGAUAUUGAUCUUAUUUCAUAACUCAGUACUUUUUUUUUAAAAAACCAUUGGCUCUGUGAAGAAUUUGAAUGCUGCUGAAAUGUGGAUAUGAGUGAGCUGUGUAUCUCCUGAACAGAUAAAUGCUAAUCCAAAAGAAAAAGAACACUGUACUGAGAAUUUAACUCCUUGCCAUUUUUCUGUUGAAUUCAGAUACAGAAAGAAAAGCACAAGAAAUGCA